AUGUCGUACCGGCGAAAGGUCUCUUCGAUUAUACAGCUGAGUACCCUCCGGCAGCUGCAGCUCAUGUGCAAUGCCGAGGCCAUGUCGUUACCUUUUCAAGUUCAUAAUGCUCAAGCGCUACUUGAGCAACUGAAGGUUUAUCAUCCGGCAAAGUAUGAACAGUUCUCGAAGAAUCCUACUACACAGGAAUUUGUUCCAAGUAGGGUUAUUUCCAAUGCUGAUGGCGGUAGCGUUACCAAAGGGGCACCGAUUUUUACCCUGCCUUUGCCGAAGCACUUUAUAAACCCUACCGAUAGCGCAGAAGACAUUAUUCCACGCACCUUUUAUCACUCAUCAGUGGCGAGAGUAGUUGCCGACCCUGACGCGGAAUGUUACCUACCCCGCUGUGGUUUGACAGGUCUAUUUUUUUCUAGAGAGGAAGUCGUGGAUAAUCUUCAAGCCGCUGCUGCGGAGCUGCACUUUAGAUCACCCUUCUGGAUUCGAACUGACCACCCAGCACUCGGUGAUUUUCUCACACUCAAGGAUGACAGUGAGGCGAUCUGCAUAAGUCUGACGGCAGCUGUGAUCAGUAUAGAAGACGUGGAACCCUUUCCCGUUGACCUGUUGCACCCUAAGCUCAAACAAGCCUUGGCUCUGGGUAAGCAUGCUUUUUCCGAACAGAUACCUCCUGGCAUGAACGCGCUAUCGGGGUUUGUUACUAAAAAUCCAUUUGUACAAAGCUUACCUAACGGUGGUGUGUGGUUGUCACAUAAACAAGUGCUACAACAGAGCUUUCAAAUUAAGAAGAAAUCAUCCGCCGGUGAGAGCCCCUUCGUUUUAGCAGAGAUAGAGCAAUGGGAGCUUCACAAUGCUGACCAGCUCUCCGUUCCAGGGAGAUUGGCUCUUAAUCACAACGCCAACAAUUCGAAACGUACUUCAGUGUUUACGUAG